AUGGAAGUUCUUUCCAAUAAGAUUGAUCGGAAACAAUUGAAACCAGGCGAUCACAUUUACGUUUGGAGGCAGGCUUAUCUUUAUGCACAUCAUGGAAUAUAUGUUCAAGAGGAAAUGGUAAUCCACUUCACAAGAGAAACAAGUGGAACACAAACUCUUUUCGAUCGUCUCUUUACAAGUUCAUUCUCCGCUUUGAAUACUCACAUUCCAUGUCAAAAAUGUGUUGCUGCUAAGCAAACAAGGAGUAAUGGUGUCAUCUUGUCUUGCUUAGACUGUUUUCUCUCUGGUGGUGAACCAUGCCUCUUUCUGUAUGGUGUCAACAAACUACAUUUUCUAAACCAAGGUCGAGGAGGUACGUGCACCCUUGCUUCUUCUGAUCCAGCAGAUGAAGUCAUUCACCGAGCUAAUUAUCUUGUUGAAAAUGGAUUUGGUGGCUACCAUGUCUCCGAGAAUAACUGUGAAGAUUUUGCAAUUUAUUGCAAAACGGGCCUUCGAGUAAUCACAAACGACAGUGUAGGAGGGGGGAGUGGACAGGCAAUAAGAUCUGCUGUCAAGUCUGUAGUCCGUUUGGCUGUCCGUUAUUAUAGUCCAACAUUUUUUGGUCGUGUAAGCGGUAAAAGAUUGGUUUCUGAUAUUGGAUAUCGCGAAGAUGUAACUAAAGUACCAGUGGAAAAAAUCUGA